UCAUUGCGUUUUGUGUCAUCUUGUGCUAAAGGGAGAACAACAAAACAAAUCUGGAGGCACAAAUAUGGUCAGCUGUGUGAUUCAAGAACAAAGGAAAUCGAAAUAAUACUGUUAUGGGCGUUAACCUGGUCUUAGGAAGAUCUGAUUUAUCAAUCUAGACUCGGGAACUGGGUUCUCAGUUGUACGAAGAUGUCAUCCUCGUCAGCCUCGAAGAGCGAAUUCAAUGUCGCUGGGAAGUAUCGUCUGGUACGCAAAAUAGGAAGCGGGUCCUUCGGCGACAUAUAUCUUGCAAUCAAUAUAUCAAAUGGAGAGGAAGUUGCGGUCAAGUUGGAAUCUACAAAAGCACGUCAUCCACAGCUUUUGUAUGAAAGCAAGUUGUACAAACUCCUCUCUGGGGGUGUUGGAAUCCCUCACAUAAGAUGGUUUGGUCAAGAGAAAGAAUACAAUGUGCUUGUCAUGGACUUGUUAGGACCAAGUUUAGAAGAUCUCUUCAACUUUUGUUCUCGCAAGUUUACCAUGAAAACAGUUCUCAUGCUGGCUGAUCAGAUGAUCAACAGGAUUGAGUACACGCACAAUAAAAACUUUAUCCAUCGUGAUAUUAAGCCAGAUAACUUUUUGAUGGGAAUUGGCAGACACUGUAACAAGGUGUUCAUCAUUGACUUUGGUCUCGCCAAGAAAUACAGAGACAAUAGAACCCGUCAACAUAUCCCUUACAGAGAGGAUAAGAACCUGACCGGUACUGCACGUUAUGCCAGCAUCAAUGCUCACAUGGGCAUUGAACAAAGUCGUAGGGAUGACAUGGAGUCCUUGGGUUAUGUCCUUAUGUACUUCAACAGAGGCUCUUUACCUUGGCAGGGUUUAAAGGCAGCAACGAAGAAGCAGAAAUAUGAAAGAAUAAGUGAAAAGAAAAUGUCAACACCAGUGGAAGUCCUUUGCAAGGGGUUUCCUGCAGAGUUUGCCAUGUACCUCAACUACUGCCGAGGUCUGAGAUUUGAAGAAGCACCAGACUACAUGUACCUAAGACAACUGUUCAGAAUCCUUUUCCGCACACUCAACCAUCAGUAUGACUAUGUUUUUGACUGGACCAUGCUGAAGCAGAAGGCUGCUGCCUCUUCAGCGACUGGUAUUGGCCUCUCCACCAACAUGGCGACCAAUGGCAAAUAAAGAUUUCUGCUGUGUUGUGAAGCAGCCUGUUAUUUGCCUAUGCCAACCAAAGGUGGUUUCUUUCACCCUGUUCAGUCCUUACAUUUGAGGAACAAGGCUGUUUUCGUCGCACUGUAUCAUUAUGCAUCCAGAACACAUAUUUUUUUUCUGUUUUUUUUUUACUCCAAGAUGGAUAUUCAUUUGAUAACUGUUGGAUGUUUGUCGAGUUCCAUGGGUUGUCAUCUCAAGUUAUCAAGGACAAGAUUCACGUUUGUGUUGUUUCUUAAGGCUGAGCACUGUCUAAGGAUAGUAUAUGUUUGGUAUAACAUGAUCCCAGUUUUAAGAGGUAUUGUUCAAAUGAAAAUGAACUGGUGUAGCCGGGGGCAUUUGGUCUAUUGUGUAUCGGCAUUUUAUAUACUUCCUGAAUUUUUUGAAAUUGCUAUAAAAAAGUGUGUUAAGAAGAGGGUGGAAAUUGUAUGAGUAGUGGGUUGAGUGUAUAAAGGAAUAUUGUACAUGGUCCGAGGCUGAUCUUAUCCAUUUUGUUAUAAAGCAAGAUAUGUUUUAUGUUCAUAGAAUAUCCAAUAACACAAGAUUGUUUGUUCUUAAGAUUCAGUGUCAAUUUUUGCUCAACUUUUAGUAGAAGUUCAACCAUAGAAAGUUUCUGAAUUUGUAUUAUAAUUUCCUCUUUUAACUUUAUUAUUUUGAGUCAAAGCACAGAGAAGUAGAAAAGUAACUUUUUAUUUUUUAGGCGUCUCUUUGCCUUUUUUAAAAGACAAUAUUUUGUUUGAGAUUGGAAUGGUAACGCUUCAUUAACAGUUCGGCAAACAAGUGCUAUAUUGGAAGUGACUGAAAUUUUUUUUUAAUAAAUUUUUUUUGUCAUGAUAUACAUAAUUAAAAGAUUUGUAUGAUUCUAUUGUUUAUUCAAGUUCAGUUUUGCACAUUAUUGUUGCAAGUAGCAAAGAGCUGUAUUUGCAUUAUUUGAUUCCAGUGUGGUGGGUAUUUAUAAUUUACCACUUACUCUAAUGGCACACUGCUUUUUUUUUUGCUUGCAAACGUAGAGGCUGCUUUAGUAGUACUAACUGAGUUUAUAUUUUGGUUUACGCUCCGACAUUGUUUCAUGAUAAUCAACUUCUUUUUACUGUGGAAGCAUUGUCUUUUUAAAGGGAUUUUUUUUUUGUAAAGAGUAUUGAUAACUAAGUUUGACUUCACAUGUUGUAUGUAGAGAGUGUUGAAGUGAAAUAAGUGCCUGAGCUUUGGAUGCAGAGUACAUGUGAUACGUUGAAACUGAAUUUAUAAUUUUUGGGGAGUAGAGUUGUUGUUUUUUUCCCGUCACAUUCUGCCUUUUGAACUUUGAAUGUCUUCAUGUUUUACUGAACUAAAUGGACAGAGGUAUCUAGUAGCUUGAUGGCUUUGUGGAUUCUUCCCAUUGCUCCUCUUGAUGGUUUGGUGGUAUUUCAAUAUUAUACUUAGGUUUUUGUAAGGCAAGUUUACAACGAUAUUGUUAUACGGAUGGAGUUGUUGGGUUCACAUAUGUCAGUCUUGCCUUUGAAGUUUCAUGUCCUGAAAGCCUUAAGAAAAACCAGCAACAAAACGAUGUAUUGUGAGUAAAGAAAUGAAUGAGAUUCCUUUUAUCACUAUUCUUGUUGGUACUAUUAUUAUCGUUAUCAUUAUUAUUAUUAUUGUUUGUUUUAUGGUUGUGGAGUCUUUGGGCCUUACUCAGGGACCUACUAAGAAAUGCCCAUGACUGAUAUAUAUAUUAUAUAUCAUUAUUUUUUAAAUUAACAAAAUGUUACCAUCAUUUUGUUCCUUCUAAUCUGUCCUGUGUAUUUCUAUUUUAAUAUUGUGCAGCUAUAACUGAAAACAGGAUGAGUUUUCGCGUCCAGACUGGGCCAACUUUAUUCCCCUAGAAAAGGUUAUGUGAGAAAGGUGUUGCUUUUUUAUUUCCAUCAGUGUAAGGAAAUAAGUUUUGUGCAAGAAAUAGCCUCUCUGAUGCUCACAGGGUGGCAGAAAUGUUUAUGUCACUAACGAGGAGAAGAUUUUUCCUGAGUUUUUAUUUUAGUGUUAUCUUUAAAGGAAUUGUUUUGUUCUUUUUAACAACGUUUAUAUGGUUUUGAUCAUGAAGAACUGUGACCAAAUGGAAGGAGGAAUUAUGAAACUGUUUAUUCUCUUGUUGCAACACUUUCAGUUGAAGUCGGAAGGUUGGACAGAAUCAGUUGGUUAGUAAUAUCCUUUCCUAUACACAAAACUGCAGUUAAGAUUUGUAUGAGAAGGCUUUCUUGCAUGGUGUAAUAUUGCUGGUGAAACGACGAAAGUAUUUUGUGUGGUGGGGGGGGGGGUUGUCUUAUUUAGGCAUUUUUAUAAGCAGAAUAGUUUUUAGAUCUGAUUGCUGACUGUUCUAUUGGUCUGAAGGUCAACUGUAUGUAUUUUUAUUCAGCAUUUAUGAGAAAUCAAUGCAGUAAAAUGUGAAUGCUCACUCCAGUUGCCCAAGUCUGGUGGCACUUGUGUGUGGGAGGUUUUGUAUUUGAAUCUGGGCCAUGUGUUGUGUGUUUUCCGCAUAUCCUUUCUCUGAAACUUUGCCUUACCUGUGGUGUACAUAGAUCUUUUUUUUUCCAAAGUAAUUCAUUCCAUAUUAAUUAUUACAAAUGUCAAUUCUCUCAGAGAAAGAGAUUCUUGUAUAUUCCUGCACUUUCUCUUCUGAUUUUACCUUGUUGUAAUUCCUUAUGAUGAGAAAAUAUGAUGAAUGAACAGACUGAAAUGUGUGAUGUGAUGUGAUAGCUCCACUUGGUGAGUGCCUUAUUCAUGACUUCUGUGAAAUGUCUUUUCGUGAUGAUGGUCUGUAGCCAGAUGUUAACACUUGGAUUAGAUAUACUCUGACAUAUUUGUAGCCUUCAGGUUUAGGUCAUUGCUAGUGUCUUUGAACUAUUUCUCAUCGUUUUGAGAAGUAAUUUUGGGAUUGCGGGUUUACUGUUUGUCACCACCUUAGGUGAGAAAAAUUUGGGACAAAUUUUGAUUUUUUGUGCAAGAUGUAUGACUUAGUUAAUAAUCCACAGUUUUUAUACUUUCCUGCCUGAUUGGGAUGUACAGUUGUUUUCAGGAAGAAAUGGCUCUUUUUGAGUGCGGUCGGUUUCUGUUACUGUGUGUGUCAUCAUAUAAUGGGUGUCCUUUCCAGGCGUAUGUUUUGUAACUUCGAAAAGUUGUACAGAACAGAGGUACGUUUCCAUUAUCGUUAUAAUAUAUUUCUUAUACCCCAAGUCCUUGCUUGCCACACCUCAAAGAUUAUGUCGUUUCUGGCAGUAAAGGAAAGAUUGUAUUUGAUAACUGUGCCUUUUUUUUUUUUUUUGAAGUAAAGAUGUCAGAUGUCUGACUAAUGCCAUCAAUGAGAGGAAUGAAACUUUAGCACAAUAAACAAAGAGCAAAAAGUGAACAUUAUUAUUUUCUUCUGUCUUUGUUUUACAAGCUCUUGUAUAUAGGCCAGGUUCCUGUGACUGCAGCUUGUAGUUAUUCUCUUGUCCUUUGUUCUGGCUUUGGUCGUUUGAGUUUGAGUAGACUGUUUUUCAGACAGAAAUCUUUUUUGACCAUUUUCUUUGUUGAUGUUUUUUCAAAAUCAACUGGUGUUCUGUUAUGUUCAUGGCAGUAUGAUAAUUUUGGUGACAAAAGGUGUCAUGGUGCUCUCCAUGCUUUUCUUUUGUCAGCAGUUCAAGUGUCUUGUUGAUGUACACAGAGAUUUACACAGGUUGGUUGGAGAGAACUGAAUGAGGAAAUCCUGGGGAAACAAUCACAGCAGAGACUAGUGGGGUUUUAUGUUCAUUCGUUUAUGUAUGCUCGGAAAUUUGUGAAAUAAGGUUGUAAUGGUCUGAUCAUGUUUGACGUAAGGAUUUUUUGUAUCCAUAAAAUGAAAGGUUCAUGUUUUAAAACUGUUGUCCAUCAUCACCAUUUCCUUUCUUUUUUUUUUUUUCCGCUAAGUUAGUUCAGCUUUUGUACUUGAUUUCGUUGUGUGCAGUGGUUGUUGAUUUAUUUCUGUAACGUAGCUGCUCAGUGCAGAGUUGAAUAAUUAUAAAGACCAAGAUGUUAUGUUUUCGCCCGAUCACCGUGUGAUCAGAAAGAUUGUACUGGGGUGCUCCUCUGAUUCAUCAACCAAAUCGAGGUACACUUGUAGAAAUGCACACCCUUUUAUUUUAGCCAUCAAAAUCCGCUCAAAAUACCCUUGUUCAUCACAGCACUACCAUCUUACAGGUUCUUUCAGAGAGGAAAAUGAUAAAAAUGUGUCUUUAGCUGAAUGUAGUAUUGAAUAUUCCCGGGGGAAAAUAGUCCAGCUGGUUUAUCGUCAUAUUUUCAUUCCUUUUCAGUUUUGUAUUCUUUCAUUGCAGUAUAUCAGAUGACUGUUUUUGUGAUGUUUCUUCUCAUGACCAUUACAUCCAGUAGAUUUGUAUAGAUCUGGGUAUCUGUUUGUGACAUGGUUUUUAACUCUUCAUGGAAAGAAGUAAUUUCACUUUUGCUCUUCUUGCGUGCUGUGGAAGAAAAGAAAAGACAUGUCAAUAAUUUUUUAGCAGUACGAUCGAUUUCGCCGAAAAUAACUUUGUUUUAAGAAUGAAAGAAAUACUUCGUGUGCUUGCUUGGAAACAAAACAUGAACUUGGAAUAAAAAUCAUCUUAUUCUA